UGUGCAGGAUUCAUAAAGUUUUAAUGAGUCGAUUUCAUAAUACAUAAAAAGAUGAUAAUAAUGUUAGUAUUAUUAAACGCCAUGUUUACAUUUUUUUUAAAUAGUUUUAUCGUUCGAUUCCAUUUUACAGGAAGGAUGCGUGAUGGGAAAACUGCAGCUAUACAAGAUUGAACUUGAUGACAUAAGGGGCGUGUAUAAGCCUGGUCAGAAUGUGACAGGGAGGCUGAUCAUAGAACUAGACGAGGGCAUUACCGUUAGAGAGAUACGUAUGAAAUGUCUUGGAUGGGGAGAAGUCCACUGGACGCAGACGAUACAGUCAGGGGGGCCGGGUCAAAAGCCAAAAUCAGAAACAGUACACUAUAACGGAGAGGAGAAUUACUUCAAAAGUAUCCUUGCAUUGUAUGGGAAAGUGGCGGACGGUGGAGAAUGGCUCUCGCAAGGUCGACACAUCUUCCAUUUUUCUUUCACGCUCCCUUCCUUACUGCCUUCGUCGUACAAUGACAAAUACGGAACCAUUGAGUACGAGGUGUCGGCCAUAUUGGAUCAGGAUUUUUGGUCUUCGAAAGAAAUCACACGAAGAGAGUUCAAAGUUGUCAGUGACGUGGACCUCAACAAGUACCCGGAGGCCGAGCGACCCACGGAAAGUCAAAACUACAAACACCUAUGCUGCUGGUGCUGCAAAUCGGGGCCCAUCACGGGGAUCAUUCGGGCGUCUAAGUCAGGCUUCGUGGCCGGGGAGACGGUGGUGUUCGAUUUCAUCAUACAGAAUCUCUCCCGCCGUGUGUGUGGAGUAACUGUCCUGUUCGUGAAGGAAACGAUUUAUCACGCCAAGGGGGAGAAAAAAGUGUGCGUGACGGAGAUAGACAAAACCAAGUAUGAUGACGUCAUGCCGGGACAGACGACUUCGUGGGAUGACGAAGAAUUUGAGGUUCCUUCUGUUACCCCACCCUGCCUAGAGGGUUGCAAAAUAAUAAGCAUUGGCCACUAUUUAAGGCUGAUAAUAGACCCAUCUGGACCAGCUUUCCUCUUAAAUGUUCCACUGAAAAUUAUCAUAGGAUCCAUUCCUAACUUUGGACCUUAUCAUCUCGAGCUUGUAUAAUUGGAUAAUAUUGUGAUACUCUUGACACGAAAAUCACGCAAAUACAUGUACAUGUGUACUAGUGUUGGUUGUCAUUUUGUUGCUGAUCAUUCAUACAAUAAAAAUGCAGAACAAAUAAAAGCAGAAAAAUAACACGAAAAAUAUAAUAUCAAAUCUGCUAUAU